GCUGCUGAUGUUACCUGUGAUGUGCUGCUGUCUCUCUUACAGGAUUUCUGCUGCUUUGCUGCUUUAUUUUCCUUGUCUCGUUGUCGCUGUUCCAUUUAAACUAAUUUAAUCAAAGCACAAAUGAGGUUUGAGUCGAAGCCGCUGCUGUUGAAUCACUGAAGUGUCUUAUUUGUGGCUCUGACUGGUUCACAUUGAUGAUUUAUCUCAUGUUGGUUUAAAUCUCUGAGCUGAAAUUCAGGGUUUAACGUGUGAUAAUGGAUUUUAUUUCUGAUGUUUAUUGUGCAGGAAGUCUUUCUGCUGUUUUUCUGAAGCUUCAGUGACGCGACUGCAUCGUGUUUUUCCACUUUAUUUACAGCUACAGUUUGAUUCUGCAGGUUUCUGAUGUAAAAUCCACAACUUUUUGAACAUGUUAAGUAUGCUCGUGUUUGUUUGUUUUGAGUUCUGGUGAAUCUCUUGACAGUUGCAGCUUCAUCGUGGGUGUGAUCCUGUGCACACAUUUGCUGCUUUUCUCUGUUUUUCCUCCUCUGAGAACGACUGAAUUCCUAAUUUGCCAACAAAACAUUUUCCCACUGAGAAAUGUGCACAGAAUAAGUCCGUAAAGGGUUUAACAUCCAAGUUAUUGUCCCUCAUGUACAUUAAUAUUCAGGUUAUGUACGUUAAUAUCUAGAUUAUCGUCUCCUUUGUGCAUUAAUAUCCUGGGUAUUGACACAUUAACAUCCAGGUUCUUCAUGCUUUUGUGUAUUAUUAUCCAUGGUAUCAACACUUUUUUUGCCUUAAUAUCCAGGUUGUUGGCCUUUUCAUGUGUUAGUAUCCAGAUUAAUGUCACUUUUCUGUGAUAGUAUCCAGAUUCUUGACUCUUAAACAUGUAAAAUCUGUUUUUUGUUUUUUUUAAAAAUUUGAGCUAAUUUCACACUAACGACUGAAUGAUGAUGACAGUUUGUCCUGAAGAUGCUAAAAUUUGAUUUUUGUUUGUUCUUGAAGGCAUUUUUUGAAACAAACACCAUCAGAAAACAUGAUUAAGUCAGAUUAUGUUGCGUCUCUGCACAGACAGGCAGAUGACCGAUGGUGACUCUUUGGUUCACUUGCAGCUGAAAUUACUUUUAUUUUACAUGUAAGAGCUUUGUAAGUGUUUUCAGAGGAAGUUGUUCCAAAGUUUUAGGUGUAAAACCUUCAGACAGCCUCUGAGGAUCUGCUACCUUUUGUCUUUUCCACCUUGUUACCAACUGAAGAACAGUUCAGAGUCUUAACUGAAGAUGUUGCUGCCGUGAUGAAGUGUUUCCCUGCAGCUCUUUGACCACCAUGACGGAGAACAACACUGAUAUCGUGUUUAUACUUCAGGGUCUGAAUGGUUCUCUGACCGACCGUCAGCUCUACUUCGCCUUCGCUCUGAUGUCGUACAGCUUCACAGUCUUUGUGAACCUGACGCUCAUCGUCACCGUCUGCCUCGAUAAAACGCUCCACGAACCCAUCUACAUCUUCUUGUGCAACCUGUGUUUUAACGGCAUCUGUGGCGCUUCCUGUUUCUACCCAAAGCUGCUUUACGACCUCCUGGCCGACUCCCACGUCAUCACCUACAUCGGCUGCCUGACCCAGAUGGUCGCCACCUACAGCUACAUCUUCUGCGAGUUCACCAGCCUGACCGUCAUGGCGUACGACCGCUAUGUGGCCAUCUGCCGGCCGCUGCAGUACCGAGCGCUGAUGACGGUGCAGAAGGUGGCUCAGCUGCUGUUCCUCACCUGGUGCUUCUCCAUGUUGGAGGCCUUCGUGGGCAUCAGCCUGACCUCCAGGUUGCCGCUCUGUGGACGCCACCUCCCCAAGAUCUUCUGCACCAACUGGGACGUGGUGAGGCUGUCGUGCUCUGACACGACGGUCAACAACAUCUACGGCUUGGUGUUGACGUUCUCUCACCUGCUGCAGAUGGUGCUCAUCCUGAUUUCUUACGCCCACCUGGUCCGAGCCUCCAUCAGAUCUCUGUCCGACCGCCGGAAGUUCGUCCAGACAUGUUUGCCGCAUCUCGUCACGCUGCUCAUCUUCACCACCUCACUCUUGUUCGACAUGAUGUACUCUCGGUACGGCGGCAGCAACACGAUGGCAGUUCUGAAGAACGCUCUGGCUGCAGAGUUCCUGGUGGUUCCUCCUCUGAUCAACCCCGUCAUCUACGGCAUGAACCUGCACCAGAUCAGGUCCAGGAUCCUCCACAUGUUCACCCACAGACCAGAGAUCCCAAAGUGACACCAGAAAAACUACAGAUAUCAUCAAGAACUUUCAUUAGAACACUGAUUCUCAAGAUUCACAAUUUAAAACUGUUUUAGUUAACGUUGGAGGCUGAAGUUACUCACAGAUCUGUUAAAAAACCAAUAAUGACAACACACCUGCUUUCUAAAAUGCUGCUCAUUCUUUGUUUCAGAUGAAGAAAAAAUAAAAUGUUGGAAACUUGGUAUUAUAAAA